AUCUGAGAGAGUUUAUCAGCGCGCGACUAACUGCUGCUGCUGAAGAAAUAUUCACAGAGUUUGAAAAAACCAUCGUCCAGUACGAAGAAGAGAUCGAUCGUCAGCGCAGACUGCUGGAUGUCACCUGGAAACCUCAGAAACACCUUCACGCUGCAGAACUCCCAGCUCAUUACAUCUGUGUGGAGGAUGAGGACGAUGCAGCUGAUGAGCAGAGCUCCAACCAGAAGGAGGAAUCCAGUCCGGUCCAGAUCCGGAAAUCCAGUCUAGACCAGGACAAAUCCAGUCUGAACCAGAAGGAACCAGAACCUCCGCAGGUUAAAGAGGAACCGGAGGAGAUGUGCAUCGGUCAGAGGGAGGAGCUGUUUGUACCGAAGCAGGAGGCUGAUAUCGUCAUGGUGACUCCUGGUGAGGAACCUGGUGACAGCGGGACGGAACCGGACGGCGACCUGCUCCUCCUCCUCAGCUCUGGUGGAGAGAACCAGAACCAGAACCAGAAAAGAAGCGAGUGUGAAAGUCCUGAUUUGAUUGAAAUUUCAGAGGUGAAGGAGAAGAGAAGAGCUGAUGGGGAGGGAAGUCCCGCCGGCAACUUCCACGGCUCUCCAGACGUUCAGUGUGUCUCCAAUCCGAGCGAAACAUUUCCCAAAUGUGAGAUUUUUGGAGACGUUUUUAGGUUUAAUUCCAACCUGAACGAACAUUUUCUGUCUCAUGCCAGCGAGAAGCCGUUGAUCUGCAACGUUUGUGGGAAGAGGUUCAGUUCUCUGUCCACGCUGAAGGUCCAUUCGAAGAUCCACACCGGGGUGGGCUUGUUGUACUGCAAGAUCUGCGGGAGAGGUUUCACCCGCAGAGACAUUCUGAGACUCCACAUGAGGAUUCACACAGGCGAGAAGCCGUACUUCUGCAAGACGUGCGGGAAAAGUUUCCGACACAGCGGCACCCUGACGGACCACGAGAGGACCCACACCGGGGAGAAGCCCUACACCUGCCACUUCUGCUGGAAGAGCUUCACCUACAAACGGGGUCUGACCGUCCACAUGAGGACGCACACCUUUAUCAGCUUAUGAUGAGGAUGCUCCUUUUUAUUAUUUAUCCAAAACAAUGCUGCAAAACUGAUUAGCUAAAGCAGGGGUUCCCAACCUGGGGUCUGGGACCCCCCAAGGGGUCCCCCAAAGAGUACACGGGGUCCCUGAGUUUUUGAACAUUAGAGCCAAUGUGAUUAAUGUGCACAAAUUGUCCCUAUUUUAAUGAAUAAAAGUAAGGCUGUAUGUUGUUCAUGUAACUUUGGCUAGAACACAUUAUUUAUGGUGAGAAUCUCUGAAAGCCUAAAACCAGAAGGGUUCCAGCACAGGGUGGAGCAGGGGGUCCACAGCGUGUUAGCAUGAAGGGGGUCCCAGAGGAAAAAGGUUGGGAACCACUGAUCUGAAGUUCUAUAUGGAUACACUUUGAUACAAAAUUAAAAAAAACUUUAUUGAUCUUUACUAAUAUUUAGAUCCUUGGAUGUCCGGACGACCUGUUUUCCUUGAAAUGACAUGAUCUCUGUGUGACAUAAAGGAAGUAGGAUGUGGGCUUUUAGGUCGGCUACGUAAAUUUUAGAUGCUUAGCAAUGUAAACGGUUAGCUAUGUAACCCAUUAGCUAGGUGGACGGUCGGCUGCGUGGACGGUCGGCUACGUGGGAAAAAGACUGAAUAAUAAUAGUGGUAAUGCUUGAAUUAAUUUAGAAUCUAAUUAAAAGUCUGAAUCUCUGUGUUUUAAUUUCCGUUAAAUGAAACGUUUCUAUCCAAAGAUGCUGCAGUUCGUUAUAUAAAAUUCAGGAAGUUUUCAGUGUGAACUGAUAACUAAACAAUUUUAAUAUAAAAAAGUGGAUUUUUCAGGACCAGCAGGGUUCAGUUGGUGUGUUACGGACGUGUUACCUUCCUCUUGUUUCCUGUUAUUUGUUGUGGAUGAUCUUCAUUUUAAUGUUUUUAAUAGUUAAAUGGUAAAAAUGGACGAAUAGUUUGUUUUAAUUCUCUUCAUAGUUUUUAACUUUUUAAAUUGUAGGGAAAACGUGUGAAAUGUUUGUGUGUUUUAUUCUGUUUCUUAUGGUUUCUGGAUGUAAUUCAUGUAAUAAACGGACUGGACUCCA